UUUUCGUAUUCUCAGCUAUUUAUGUCAAUAUUUUGCGUUACGUUGUUAAUGCUGAGGUUGUUAUAUAAAGAGAAGUUUAUACACGACUGUCCUGAAAACGAUUGGCGAAUUCGUCUGUAGUAUGGGAAAGGUUUUGACAAUCUGCAUUUUGUCGACUUUGCUAUCGACACCCAUAUCUUGCUCAGCCAAUUAUGGAACGACUGUGCGUCCAGCAGCCUCAGGAUAUUGGGGCUCACAUGGUUCUUAUCCUUCUACACUGUCUAAGGGCCAACUACGAUAUGAUCAAAAUCGAGAUGGACGUUUCGGGCCUCCUCCUCUGGGUCCUCAGUUACCGGAUCCAUUAGCACAGAGUACACAAGCCGUUGGAUUUCGUCCAUCAAAAAUAGGUUCUGAGCAACACAAUUACCUGAAUCCUCUGUCAGCAGAUAGACCAUCGUGUGCACGGAAACUAGACUACUGCUUACAUGAUCAUGAUUAUCCCAUGGAUAUGGUUCGGUCUGUUAUUCAGAGACAUCAAAGUGAUAUUUAUCGUAUGUAUUCAGAAAUGCAACCACUACCUAUCAACACGGGCGCAAGCAACGCCAGCUAUCGAUACAACUUUCCAUCGGAGAGAGGAGCUUGGGCAUGCGAGACAGACAUCUUCACGAUGAGGAUUGGAUGGGCUCGGAACUGGGCAGGUCGUUGGAAAGUUGUUCUAAAUACAGAUCAGUUUCCCCAGGCAGUUCGUCUUGAGCAUUGCAAAUAUGAGAACAGAUCUUGCCAAAUGAUGCCUCCAUGUGUUCGUUCCUCGUGUCUUCAGCGUUAUACUGCAGUACAGUUACUAAGCACUGAUCCACAAACUCCUGAUCGCGGUCCAACUGUUGAUACUUUCUUGCUGCCAGGAGGCUGCUCUUGCUACAUCGAAUUUCAUUAAAGCUUUAUAAUCAAACAAUUAAAAGCAUUUUAGAUUUGUUAAAAUUUUCAUCUUAAUCCACAAACCUGUUUAUCCCGUUUUUUUCUUUAUUUCAACUGCGUAAAAUUCAAAUAAUUUAAAUACAUCGACACAAUUGUUUAUAUUUUUAAACUUUAUUUUCUACUCACGAAUAAUUAAAAGUAAUGUAUUAUAACAGGUAAUCAUUCGUGAUAGAAUAUACCUAUAGAAGCAUAAAAUAUGUGUUGUAAUUUGAAAUAAUACAAAUAUUAUUUAUUCAUCUAUUUUGCACUGAAGUUUGUGAAUUUGAGGAAUUGACUCGGGACUGUGACUUGAAAAGUUUUCCACGUGAGAGAAAUUCUUUUCAUUGAGUGAGUUUUCUUAUUCGCCAUUAUCUUAUGCCAAAGCUUGUGUUAUAAAUAAAAUAUUUAUGUAUAUUAUACAUAGAAAUCUGUAAAAAUAAAAGCUUUUUAACCAAA